AUGAGCAACAGAAGGAAGGUUUUUCAUUCAGUGGUGGCUACUAGUCCAUUACUUUCAGAUGAGCACAAUCGAAUUCUUCAGGAAUCUUUCUCCAUUCAAGAGGUUAGAGAUGCCAUGUUUGCCAUACCAGGGAGGAAGGCUCCUGGCCCGGAUGGGCAUUAUGGAAGGAAGAAUUGCAAACCGAGUUGUAUGAUUAAAAUCGAUUUGAGGAAAGCUUAUGACACUAUUGAAUGGGGAUUUAUUGAAGAAAUGCUUGUUGCUUUUCAUUUUCCUCGGAAGUUCAUUGUUCUCAUUAUGGUGUGUAUCAAAACCCCAAGAUUUUCAUUAUUACUUAAUGGUGAAAUGCAUGGCUUUUUUGAGUCCAAGAGGGGUUUGAGACAAGGUGAUCCGAUGUCCCCACUCCUAUUUGUGCUUGGCAUGGAGUAUUUGUCUAGAUUAAUGAGAGAUGUGGGUGCUCGGCAAGGGCCUGAAACUCUUUUCCUUGACUUCUGGUAUCUUGGCAUCCCUGUUUGCUCAAAGAAAAUUUCAGCAGUUGAGUGUAAUGGUAUUCUUGAGAAAAUGGUUGCUAGGAUCAAAGUUUGGAGCACGAGGAACUUGUCCUAUAUGGGAAGAGUUACUUUAAUCAAUUCUGUUUUGAUUACUAUCCACUCUUAUUGGGCUCAAAUUAUGAUACUUCCUAAAAUAUUAUUAAGGGAUGUUGAAGCUAUUUGCAGGGCUUUUCUUUGGAAGGGUCUGGCUGACAGUAAUAGCCCGGGCAUUAAAGCUGGUCAUGACCUACUAUUUGAGCAGCCUCUUACUGUGAACUGGAGCAAAAUUGUUUGGGAUAGACUGAGCAUUCUGAAGCAUAGAUUUGUGCUUUGGCUGGUCAUGUUGCAGAGGCUUCGUACUAGAGAUCAGUUGCACAAGUUUCAGCCUUUAGUGGAUCAAUCUUGUCUGCUGUGUGGAGCUAAGAGGAUGAGUGUUGUUCGGAAGAGCAUUAUAUAUGCUGCUCUUGCAGCUCUUGUUUAUCACAUUUGGAGAGUUCGAAAUGAUGUAUUCUGGAGCAACAAAUUAUGGCAUGUAGAUAAUACUGUACAAAGAGUUGUUAGGGAGAUUCAGAUUAGGAUUUCUCUUGUUAUGCCUAAAAAGGCUAAAGCUAUAGAUAGGGAAUGGGUCACUAAGAUCAGUAAAAAUUAG